AUGUCACCAACAUCUCAUGCACAAAAUUUUGAUGUAGCUGCCAAACUGGUUGGGUCUGGCAUAUAUUCAGGUGGAGAUUUAGUCAAAUGUGAAGUGACUUUUCCUCGGAAUUCGGAAGAUGUGGUUCAAGAGGAAUAUAAAUGGUCACUAACUGGUAUUGUUGGCUGUAUUAUUGGUCAAUGUAAGUUGGACAAUCAGCAACUAACCACACAGAAUCAAGCAUCUCCAAAACCACUGUCAUUUAGUAGUGUUGAAUGGAAAUACGAUGGCGAACUUAACUUCAAUGCUGAAUCGUUGUUUGUUUCUACACUGGAGUCGAAAAGUCAAUUAAUAUGUGUCAUUCCGAUGCAUGUGAAAUAUAUUCCAGAUAAAGGACCUGUCGGUCUGUAUGCUUAUUUACCGUAUAAUCUUUCACCUAGUGUUCGUGGCACGCUAUUUAAGUUUGCCUACAAAGUGGUUGUUGCAGUUCAAAUAAAAUAUUCGAACUCUGAAAUCAAGACGCGUACUGUUCAAUUGCCUUUUCGUGUUUUGCCUUCUUCAGUGUUAUAUCAUAGUUUAAGAAUCCAAGAAUUUGAUAAUAAGACAGAAACUUAUUCACCUGAUAUGUCGAAUCCGUUUUGGAUUCCUGAUAAUAGGGAUAAAGACUCUUGUUUUAAUUUUGGCUAUGAUGGAGGUUUUUACAUGCAUUCACAAGAAAUUAAUACUUUAACUGAAGAGAAGGAAGGACAUACCACUAAAUCUGUCGGUCAAGUAUAUUCAGCUCUGCCACACGAUGUCUCCCGGUGCGAAAACUCAGAUUGUCCCAACAAUUGUUUAGAAAACUCAAACAAAAUUUACGUCUAUCCCGGUUCACAUACGGAAUUAAUGAAUUUAUUGACAUGUUCACCAUCGGCUAACUUCAUGAUUUCUACUCCACGUGGAUUUGUUGGACGGUUAUCUUUCCAACGUACUUUAUACUGUUUAGGUGAUAUGGUGCGGGGUUAUUUUGAUUUUAAUGAUGCUGUUGUGAAAUGUCUUAACUGUGUAAUCCGGCUCGAAAGUGAAGAAAGAUUUAUGCUUCAUCAUGAAAACCCCUUUCUUCUACCAGGCUGUAGGAUUAAAAGUAGAAAAAAUGAAGUUCAAAAUUAUUCUAUGCGUUGUCUACCCCUAACUAAAAUUGGUCAACCUUCGUGUACAAAUUUUCAACCUUUAGGCUCUACACAAUAUACUACAUGGACAGAUAUCAAAUUAUGUUGUAUGUCCAAACUAUUAUUACCUUUUACAUUGCCUAUUCCAACAAAUAUUACACCACAAUUUCAUUCUGUUAGUUUAACUAGUCCAUUUAUUUCUUUAGAUUAUCGAUGGCGUCUACACUUGGAGCUUGAUUUAAUAUCUGAUAAUAAUAGUAAAAAUGAUUUAUUAGAUCAUUUUCAUGGUAGAUCAUGUGUAAAAAAAUCUUAUGGUACAGUAUGGACAAUUCCAUUUAAUUUAAAAACUGAAAAAUUUCUAUGGGACAUACCAAUUCAAUUAGUAUAUUCAAAUCCUUCUGUUACAGAUAAUUUAAAUGAUUCAGUGAAACAUUCCGUGUGUAUAUCAGAUAUGUAA